UCAACAUCAAAUAUUUUGCCAUUUCGCCGUCGAUCUAAGGAGCCACGGGAGUUGGAAGGAAGAAACGUGAGUCUUGCGGCAGCCUUUGAGGCUGCGAUCAAGGAGGCUAGUCAAGCUCAAUUGAAGGAUGACGAUGGUCUCCCGAGCUUGGAUGACAUUAUCGAUCAACUUCCGACCACGCACGCAUCAUCCGCAACUCAUCUCAAUGCCUCGAGAAAGAAAACCACGGAUGCGCAGCGAAAACUAUGCGACAUAUUUGCCAGACAGCAGUUUGACAAUACCAGGAGAACUAGUCCUAGCACAAUCCGAUCGAUUUUAUUAUCCGGGGCGCAUUGUGAGCUUUAACAGCAAAUCGAAUAAAUAUAAGGUCGAUUAUGCAUCAGGGCAUUCUCUGUCGAUUGAGCGGAAAAAAUUCUAUACGACAUACGAAAAGGGCUUCACGACGUGCCCAUUGGGUGAGCUGGCUCGUCCUGCCAUUAUGGACAAUUAUGAGGAUAAGGAGCUGGAAUUGCGUGUCCGAGGGAUAUACCCUGCCCUUUACGCCAUUAUUUCAGGCACGCAUGAUGAAGCUGGUCGGCUGGAGGCGUUUGUCAAAGGCGGUAAGGCGAGAAGAUCGCUUGCGCAGCGGGUCGGUCCUGGCAGCUUCAGCAGGGAAAAAUAUCAAUUGAUUAACAACCUGCUCCAUUCAGAAUUUCUGGCAGACUUGGCGACAACCAAACGAACGCAACCAGGUGGUCAGAACUGGCCAGUUUUAGAGGGAUAUGGACCACCCAUGAAGCGGAGUGGCGAUGUGUCAAAGGGUUUUUCCGACCAAAUGCGUCUCCACUUUGUCAGCGAUGUUCUCCUUCCGGAAACCAUAACGCGCCUCACCAUGCAGCAGGAGAAUAUAAACUACAAGGAGGCUGAUCAGAGGGUUAUCGACUGCAAAAGGGAUGAGAGCACAGAUACGUGGUGGGUGGACGACGUUUUGGCUGCGCGCGAGUCAUUCCUGGACGGACACGCCCAAUGAUCCGUGCGCGAGGUCGACGAAGCCACACAAGAUGUCCUUUGUGGUCCUUGUCCUCCAUCCCACAUACUUACUCCGCCCUCCUCACCCAUCGCUUUCGCCUUUUGCACAUUUGCACCGCUCAUCCACAUCCGAGACUUAAAAUCAGCGCUGGCUUAAUGGACGCUUCAGCAAGGUCAUUUCUGCUGGAGCUGAUGGCAAAGUCCAAAAAAGGAUUGUCAUUGGCAGAGCAACUGUGCAGCCAGGCACGCGAGGA